CUGGCACUGAAGCGGCACCCAAGGGUGGCGGCAGCGCCAAAACAGUGGCACUGUGCCGGCUCUGAGCCUUGCCCUGGCUCCCGCGUUGUGCCUGUGCUCAUUACGUGCAAGUUAGAAGCCAAUGUGAAAAUGCGUAAAUACAGGAAACAGUCAGGCUUGGCUGUGUGGCGUGCCAGGAUGCACUAAACAAGCUUUCACAUCUGGUGUGAAUGAAGUCGGCCAAUGUCCCUGGAAGCUCAAAUAUGGCUGCUGGCAGCAAUCGCCGGCUUCAGCAAACUCAACACCAAGUAGAUGAGGUCGUUGACAUCAUGAGGGUGAACGUGGACAAGGUGUUGGAGCGGGAUCAGAAGCUGUCAGAGCUGGAUGACCGCGCUGAUGCCCUGCAAGCAGGGGCUUCCCAGUUCGAGACCAGCGCGGCCAAGCUGAAGAGGAAGUAUUGGUGGAAGAACUGCAAGAUGUGGGCGAUAUUGAUAGGUGUUGUUGUCAUUAUCAUCAUCAUCAUUAUUCUCUGGAGUGUGUAUUCAUGAAUUACAAGAAGAAACUCAAUUCAACUGAAGGUGCCUUUGAGAAUCUUCUUCAACCUCUCCCACUUCAAACCUGCUGCCUCCUCAGCCCGUUUACUGCUGUUUAAAGCAAAACUAUAUUGAUUGUCGAGACGUUAA